AUGGCUGCCUCGCAGAAGCUGCCGUCAAAGUAUGCGAGAAUCGCCAAGUCGGAGCUUGGUGAGGAGCCCAAGAAUGUCCCAGCCCACCUCGAAGCCUUCCGCAGGUGGCUGUCGUCGAUGCCUCACCUCACUUGUCCUGACGACGACCAAUUUCUGAUCAUGUUCCUGCGUCAUUGCAAGUACUCGCAUGCGAAGGCGCAGGCCAGACUCGACAACUUCUGCACCCUCUCCACGAUGAAGUGCAUCGGCGAGGAGAUCUGGGCCACGCCCGUGGAUCUCGAGUCAAAAGAACUCAGACGCUACCUAGACAAAGGGAUCCAUCUUCCGAUUGGAUACACAGAAGAUGGAAAGAUGGUUAUUUGUCUGCGUCCAGGCGAAUGGAAUCCGGAUGAAUUCGCCUUUCCAAGACUGUUUUACUACGCCUACAAGGUCAUGUUCAUGGUGGCCUUUGACCCUCGCACUAUCAUUGGUGGCUCAGUCAUUAUAAUCAACCUUGCCAACGUUACGCCCAAUCAGAUUCUCAAAGAUCCCAACGUCAUUCGAGCAUUGGUUCUCUUUUCCCAGGAAUCCAUACCCGGAAGAGUUAAACGAGUAUUUUUCUACAACGAAAGCAAAAUUAUCGGAUCUGCUCUGUCAAUAUUUUUGUUCUACAUGAAGGAUAAAGUGAAAAAGCGCUUGCAGCACAUUGGCUCAGACAUCUCUCAGGCUUUCGAAGUAGAACCUGGCCUUAAAGCCAUCUUACCGCCUGAAUACGGUGGUGAUGGAAAAUCAUUGGCUGAACUUAUCAAGGACAACAGGAGGCACUUCUACGAGUUCUACGGACAAGGUGAUCCGACAAGCCAAAUCAAGGUUGAUGAGUCCAAACGACCGGUCUCAGCACGAGCCUACCUGCGCGAAUACAAGGACUACGAUCCGAACUUGGCAAAGUCGGAGCUUGGUGAGGAUCCAAAGAAUAUUCCAGCUCACCUCGAAGCCUUCCGUAGAUGGCUUUCGUCGAUGCCUCACCUCACUUGUCCCGAUGAUGACGACUUCCUGCUGAUGUUUCUGCGUCAUAGUAAGUACGUUCACGCGAAGGCUCAGGCUAGAAUCGACAAUUUCUGCACUCUCUCAACAACGAAGAUCAUCGGAGAUACGGUUUUAUCCACACCUGUGGAUCUAGAAUCGAAGGAUCUCAAGAAGUACCUAGAUUGGGGGGUGCAUCUGCCUCUCGGAUAUGCGGAAGAUGGGAAGCUUGUUUUUUACAUCCGCCUAGGUGCAUGGAAUCCAGACGAAAUAUCAUUUUCCCAGUUGUUUUACUACGUCUACAAGGUCGUCUUCAUGGUCACUAUUGAUCCUCGGACGCUCAUUGGUGGCACUAUCUUCAUACUUAACUUUAGCGACAUGACGACAAAGCAGAUUAUGAGGGAUCCCAACACCAUUAGGACUGUGGUUCGAUUCAAUCAGGAGGCCAUGCCUGCACGCAUCAAGAGAUUCGUCUACUACAACGAAGGAAAGCUUCUAGACACCACGAUCGCGAUAUUCAAGUUUUACAUGAAAGAAAAAAUGAAAAAUCGCAUUAUUCAAGUGGGCACGGAUAUGAACAAGGCUUUCGAAGCUGAACCAGGUAUUAAGGCCCUGAUGCCACCUGAUGUUGGCGGUGAAGGCAGACCCUUGGAAGAAGUCAUAAAAGAAAACAAGAAGAACUUUUACGAGUUCUAUGGAAAAGGUGAUCCGACGAGCAAAAUCAAGGUUGACGAGACCAAACGACCGGUUUCAGCACGAGCCUACCUGCACGAAUACAAGGACUACGACCCGAACGUCAUGGGAACCAGCGGCUGUUGUGGUUAUGCUAGCUUCUCUUACAACUCCGCUGUAAACAUGGCUGCCUCGCAGAAAUUGCCAUCGAAAUUCGUGAAGUUGGCAAAGUCGGAGCUUGGUGAGGAUCCAAAGAAUAUUUCAGCCCACAUCGAAGCCUUCCGUAGAUGGCUGUCGUCGAUGCCUCACCUCACUUGUCCCGAUGACGACAACUUCUUGCUGAUGUUUCUGCGUCAUUGCAAGUAUGUGCAUUCAAAGGCCCAAGCAAGAAUCGACAACUUCUGCACCCUCUCUACAAUGAAGUGCGUUGGUGAGGAGAUCUGGGCAACUCCCGUCGACUUGAAAUCCAAGGCGUUGAGGAGUUACUUGGACAGAGGUGACGUCAAAUCCAAUCAAGUUGUCAAGGAUCCUGUUGUCAUUCGCACAAUGGUCCGUUACACCCAGGAAGCGUUGCCUGGAAGGGUAAAACGUGUGAUCUACUACAAAGAGGGUAAACUUGUAGAUGCCGCUUUGACAAUUUUCGCAUUUUACAUGAACGAGAAGAUGCGAAGCCGAGUAAAGCUUACUUGUCAGGUAUUUUGGUUUUUUAAUUCCGGCCUGUUUUGUUUAGAGGAAAAUAAGAAGCGUUUCCUCGAAUUCUACGAACAUGGCGACCCAACUAGCACAAUCAAAGUUGACGAAUCAAAACGGCCGGUUUCAGCUCGUGCUUACCUGCGCGAAUACAAGGAUUAUGAUCCAAAUGUAAUGGGAACCAGCGGGACCUUCAUAAAGAUCAAUAAGGAUGAAAUAUGA